AGGGUCAACUCAACUGACUGCACUGAUUGGGCUUGUGGAGCAUUGCUCUAGUCUGAAGAGUUCCCUCUAGUGUUCAUCAUGUCAGGGGGUCGUUACCACUCCUCCGGGGCCAACAAUACGCCCCUGGGCGCCAUCCGACCCGCCUUUCCGCCCAGUGUACCCACCGGAGGCUCUUCUCUCCUGAAACCCAAUUACUUGUCAGGAGGUGGUUUGGCCCCUGGUCCGCCGCUAGGGGGCGGUGGUGUUGGCGCUAGUGACGCCUCUGACGAUGUUAAGAAGAAGCUAGCCUUAGAGACUAUCUUGAAGUUCAAUGCUGAGCAAGCCAAGAAGCGUGCUGCGCUGGGCGAAUCCGUAGAGCCUCCGCCACCACCUGUGGUGGGUGGCAUGCCCGGCAUGCCGGGCGCGGGCCCCCUAGCCGCCGGCUCUUUUGGUGCGCCCUUUCAGGUGCCCUAUAUGAAUGCACCAGUGGAUGAUGGGAGUAGCCUAGGAGGUGGUGGACUGAAGCGUGAGCAUGAUUCGGAAGAGGCUGCUGCGCGGGCUGAGCGCCGGAAGAAGCGUAAAUCGCGCUGGGGUGGCGGUGAAGAUGAGAAGACAUUUAUUCCCGGCAUGCCAACCAUGAUGCCUCAAGGCCUAAGCAAGGAGCAGGAGGAGGCCUAUCUCUUGCAACUGAAGAUUGAGGAUACGUCUCGUCGAUUGCGGAGCGGUGAUUUUGGCAUUCCCAUCAACCCAGAAGACAGGUCUCCCUCGCCCGAGCCAAUCUAUUCGUCGGAUGGAAAGCGGAUGAACACACGAGAAUAUCGCAAACGGAGAGAGUUGGAAGAGCUGCGACACAAUUCGAUCACGCGCAUGGUAGACAUCAAUCCUGAGUACAAACCCCCUCCAGACUACAAGCCACCGAUGGUGAAAGUUAGUGACAAGGUCAUGAUUCCACAAGAUGAACAUCCGGACAUCAACUUUGUUGGUUUGCUCAUUGGACCACGGGGCAACACCUUAAAAGCGAUGGAAAAGGAUACGGGUGCCAAGAUCAUCAUUCGAGGCAAGGGAUCCGUCAAGGAGGGCAAAGUGGGAAGGAAAGAUGGACAACCCUUGCCUGGAGAAGACGAACCGCUUCAUGCGUAUGUGACUGCCAAUAAUCCUGAGGCGGUGAAGAAAGCCGUGGAUAAGAUAAAAGAGAUCAUUAAACAAGGUGUAGAAGUGCCGGAAGGUCAUAACGACCUCCGAAGAACUCAGUUACGAGAGCUGGCUCUGCUAAACGGCACCCUAAGAGAAGGCGAUGGACCGCGUUGCACCAAUUGUGGUGCGUCCGACCACAAAUCCUGGCAGUGUCAAGACAAGCCCAACUACACCAACAACAUCAUCUGUUCCAUGUGCGGAGGAGCCGGACACAUUGCCAGGGAUUGCCAACAGCGACGACAUGGAGGUGAAGAGUACGACGAAAUGGGCGAAGGUAGUGAAAGUGGCGGUGGCGGAGGAGGAGGAGGAGUAGGAGGAGAAGGCAAGACCAAAAUGGAUGACGAAUACAUGUCUCUGAUGGCUGAGUUGGGCGAAGGCCCCCCGCCUCCUGCUCCGGCACCUGAUCGCCCUUCGUCUAAACCAUGGCAGCGAGGAUCCGGCAAUGUAUUUACUCCCAGGCAUCAAGCACCCCGUGCCAUCAUGGGACCUCGAGGAGGAGGGGGUGGGGGUCCACCCCCUCCUCCACCCGGGGAAUAUGGUCCCCCUUCGCACAGUUCAGGCUGGUCAAGCGGAGGAGGAGGAGGAAAGCCGCCCAAUCUCAUGCAGCAAAGCGUACCUCCCCCUUGGCAUCAAGGUGGUAGCGGAGGCGGUGGUAGCUGGAACCAACCCCCUCCUCCUGGAGCGGGUCCUCCGCCCCCGCCACCACCAGGGACGAGUGGACCACGGAUUACAGCCCCACCGCCCUCGGGAGGAUGGGGUAGUCAAAGUACUGGAGCUGGUGGGUAUGGGAUGCCCCCUCCUUACAUGGGUGGUCCACCCCCACCCCCGGGAAGUUCAAGUUCGGGCGGUAGUGGAUACAGUAUGGCCUCGCAAUGGGGGAGUGCCCCACCGCCGCCCCCAGGCUCUAGUGCCCCGCCUCCACGACCACCACCUGGGGCCGCUGCUUAUUGGCAGAAUGCGGGUUGGUCGCAAGGGGCCAUGCUUCCGCCUCCAGGCGCCCCACCUCCGCCCCCACCCGGAGCUAAUGGAAGUCCCAAUGGUCUGAACAUUUCCAGAUUGAUCGCAGCCCCGCCCCCACCUCCACCUAGCUCUUAAACGCACGGCAUUCUCUUUUGAUCAUUGGAUCCGAAUUUAAUUAAAUGAAAUACAAGGCCAAAAGGAUGAGCAGAUGUUACAAAUGUGUGAAUAAUCGAAAUACAUGUAGAGCCUUAAGGUG